ACAUGGAGUCGCUCCUACUGACGGAAAGAUGCACUCACCUAUUUUCCGAGCAUCCAAGGAAGUUCUAACAACCUUAAAUGUGCCACAAUGGAUACUGACGUAAAGAGAAGAGGACCUACCUUAGAUUGGAACGCACAAGUGGCGAUAUAUUGGUGAUACAAGUGGACAAAACACCGACGAACGUUCGUCGAUCCAAAAUGGCGCUGGUUCACCGUGUACUGUUUACAUGGCUCAUGACAUUGUUUUUCCUCAUUCUGCUCGUCCUGAGACUGGACGGGGGGACCGGCUGGAACUGGUUCAUCAUCUUCGUCCCCCUGUGGGCCUUCGACGCUAUCAUUCUCGCCAUGCUGGCCCUUCGGAUGAUCAGACAUUGUCGGAAUGGCUACGACACAGAUGACGUCACCAUGAGGAAGAAACUGUGGUACUUGCUGGUCAUGAUGUUGAAGCUUGGAUUCCAGAUGGCGUUGUGUCUAAAGCUACAGUAUUUCCAGGGGAUCCCGUUCUACCUGGCCUUCCUGCCGCUAUGGGGUUUCCUGCUCUGCGUGGCUGGGGACAUCUUCAGAAGUUUCUUACUGCGUUUGAGAAAUGACUAAACUCUGUGGACACUGUAACUGACGACUGUGUAGCAACACAGAAAACACUGUAGUUGUCAAAAGUGUAUUCAAUACAUUAUAAAUAGUAUGAUAUGAGAUGGUGCAUUAAGUCCCUUAUAGAUAUUAUGAUAUGAAGUGUAUGCAUUUC